AUGAAGAACAUACUACCGGCUGUGGCUGUUGCUACAGCUGUUCUUGCCGUCGGACAUGCAGCAACUCCACCUUCAUCGAUUGUUUCCUCGGCCGGCCAGACAGCGAAGAUCGCGGGAUGGAACUUGCAAUCGGUACUCCAUGCAUCAAGUGAUAUCGCAGGGCUCUCACGACCUGGAGCUGAUGUGAGCAACUGGCCUCGAGUGAGCCCUCGAACUACGGUAAUGGCUGGAUUGAUUGAAAGUGGCCUCUACACAGACAGUAACUUGUGGUUUUCGGACAAUCUCAAUAAAGUAGUCGAUCGUUCGGUUUUCGGCACUCCAUGGCUCUACCGUGAGGAGUUUACAGUCAAUCCGUCAUCAGGACAGCAUUACUUUCUCAUAACACAUGGCAUCACUUCGAAAGCCGACAUUUGGCUCAACGGGAAACAGUUGGCAGAUAAGGAUUUUCAAGAGGGUUCCUAUGGCGGUCAUAAAUACGAAAUCACGAAGUUCCUGCAAUCUGGUGCCAACGCAAUUCUCAUUCAAGCUUAUGAAACAAACUAUCUACUAGAUUCUGCAAUGGGUUUCGUUGAUUGGAAUCCGUAUCCUCCUGACAACGGGACCGGAGUGUGGCGUGACGUUGAGAUAUCGCAGACAGGGCCGGUUUCUCUUGCGCCUUUCCGGUUCAUUCAUGAUUGGACGCCGGGGAAGGCAUCAACGAAAAUCACAGUCAAAGUUAACGCAACGAAUCUUGAAAGCCAUGCCAUUGAUGGUACACUCACCGGUCAAAUCACGCUCGGAAACCAGCAAUUGGAUCUCACCGAACCUUUUACUUUGGCGGCACACGAAGAAAAGACAGUGUCAUUGACGGGACAACUUCAAGAUCCGCAAAUCUGGUGGCCAUGGCUUUGGGGUGAUCAACCUCUGUAUAACGUCACAGUAACCGCAGUCGUGAACAAUAAAAUCUCAGAUGCCGCAGAGCCCCGUCGAGUAGGCAUUCGUCACAUUGAGUCUGGACUGAAUGACUUUGGAGACCGUACAUUUACCGUCAAUGGACAACGAUUCCUCCCUCUUGGUGGUGGUUAUGGCCCAGAUAUGUUUAUGCGAUGGGAUACAGAAUACGUGCGGAAGAAAUUUGAGUUGAUGGUUAACCUAGGAAUGAAUACUAUCCGGUUAGAAGGAAAGCAAGAGCAUCCGGAACUCUAUGACAUGGCAGACGAGAUGGGCCUCAUGAUCAUGCCUGGAUGGGAGUGCUGUGACUGGUGGGAGGGAUGGACAUACAAUACUGACGUCCCCGACUAUGUUCGAUUCACCGAGCAUGAUUAUUGGAUUGCGAAUUACUCCAUGCUACAUGAAGCUUCAAUGAUGCAGACUCACCCUAGUGUGCUUGCAUUCUUGGUGGGCUCAGACUAUUGGCCAAAUGACAGGGCUGCAUCGAUAUACGUCAAUGCUUUGAAAUCUUGGGACUGGCUAAACCCAAUUGUAGCAUCGGCGGGUGAGUUAGGAUUUCCAGAGAUUCUGGGAUCCUCAGGAGUGAAAAUGGAUGGACCUUAUGAUUAUGUCCCGCCAAACUAUUGGUAUGGAGGCCAAGUUGGAGCUGCUUUUGGCUUCGGAUCAGAAGAAGGCGCUGGCGUUGGAACGCCAGAAAUUCGCAGCUUAAAGAAGUUUCUGUCCGACGGCGACUUAAAAGACCUGUGGACAAAGCCUAAUAAGGGUCUAUUUCACAUGUCUAGCAAUGUUUCGUCGUUCUACGAUCGAUCUAUCUACAACAAAGCAUUGUGGAAUCGAUAUGGCCCCCCGAGCAGCCUGGAAGAUUAUCUCCUGAAAGCUCAGAUGAUGGAUUACGAAGCUAAUCGUGCCGAAUAUGAAGGAUUUGCAUCCCUUCAAGAUGCGUCUCGGUCUGCAACUGGAGUGAUCUACUGGAUGAUGAAUGGUGCCUGGCCCAAUCUUCACUGGCAACUCUUUGAUUACUACUUGAAUCCUGCAGGCUCAUAUUUCGGAACCAAAGUCGGUGCCCGCCCUGAACACGUAUCAUUCAGUUAUGAUAAUGGAACUGUCUAUCUCAUCAACCGACUGAACUCCCUUGACAAGAAGGGAGAUGCUUCCCGGUGGGUGCUCAUUGAUCUCAUUGAUACGGCGGGUAAAUCUCUGUUCCACCAGCAAGUCAAGAUAGACACGAAGCCAAAUUACUCCCAGGAAGUUGCCAAAAUAUCGAAAGCAAUCAGCAAGAUCAAAGACGUUGCAUUCUUGCGCCUCAUUCUAUCGUCUGAUUCCAAAAGCACCACGAUACUGAGUCGGAACGUUUAUUGGCUUUCAUCUAAGAAUGAUGUUCUCAAAUGGGAUGACUCAACCUGGUACUAUACUCCUAUUUCCUCAUACGCAGACUACACUCCUUUGCAAAAGUUGCCUGGCGCAUCUGUCACGACAACAGUCAAACAAGCUUCCUCGGCCCAAUCGGCCACCACACUACAGGUGCAUUUAGAGAACAAGUCGAAUGUUCCAGCGUUCUUUAUCCGCUUGGUUCUGAUCGACUCAAAGACGGAUGAAAACAUUAACCCUCCGUACUGGUCAGACAACUAUGUAACGCUAUUCCCGCAGGAGUCGAUUAACCUGACAGUAUCGUUCGACUCGUCGCUGUCUGCUUCUCCUGCGGUUGAAGUAUCAGGUGGGAACGUUGCAACACAAGUUAUCAAUGUCUAGAUAUACAGGUAUGCAUUUACUGUCUUAAUCAAAGGGUUUUUCUCAUGAACAUUCAAACAGCUUGUGUCUGAUAGUUGUUGG